UCCUUGAAAGGGUACUACUGCACCAGUAUUAUUUAUUGGAAAGACUGCUCUGUUUAAUUGAUAACUGAAAUCAAUGUUAAAAAACUGGAAGUGUUUUAUAUAAGUACAUCAUAAUACAAAAUGAAAUUGUGGUUAGUAAUAGUUCAUAUCGUGUUGGUUGCAACAAAUAUAUGGGUCACAGCACAUUUUCACGAGGAACUUCCUGAAGACAAUGAAUUUGCAGAGUUUGAAGACUUUGAAGAAGAAAAACCAACUCAGUCAAUUAAUGAUCGUGUAGCAGAACAUUUUAAGGAGACAAGCAGUAAUCAAGAUUUUGAAGAGGAGGAUGUAUUAAUUGUUGAUAGCGACAGUGAGUUCGAUCACUUUGAUGAAGAAGAAUUUGAAGGAGUAGAUUCUGCUGGUGGAAACACAGGCUUAAAAAGCGAUGAGUCAUCAACAUUAACAAUCACAAAAAUACCGUUACAUUUGCGUGCAAGAUGGGACAGUUUUUAUUUAGAAAUAUUAAUGAUCAUUGGACUAUUGGUAUAUUUCAUUAACUAUCUUGCUGGACGAUCGAAAAAUGCACGCAUUGCAGAAAUGUGGCUCAUGGAGCAUAAACAACUUUUACUUGACAACUUUUCUCUCGUUGGUGAUACAGGAAAGUCGAGUGAAGAUACAUCUGAAAAUGGUUUAGUAAAAGAAAGUCAGUCUCAUUACAGUUUGUAUUGCUCAGGAAGAGUUGGAUGUGAUUCUAUGUUAAUUGAAUUAAAAUUACUUAAAAGACAAGAUUUAGUCGCAGUGUUGGCACAACUUGUGCGACCUCAAAACGAUCAAGCACUUAUACGUAUAGAAUUAGCAAAAGAUGAAACAGAUAAUUUUGUAUUGGCUGUAGCUACAAAACGAACUGCAAUGCAUUUACUGCGGGAUAUGGCUGAUAUUAGUGUUUAUUGUCCAGAAAAAAGACCAGGAGAAAAAUUUGGUCUUCCAUCAGGAUUUUAUGUAAUGUCUGAAAUUGCUGAAGCAGUAUCAACGAUUUUAGAUACAAGAGUUUUACAAGCGUUUACAAAGUUUGCACAAUAUAUUGAUUAUAUACAUAUUAGUGACCAAUUUAGUGGUCCCAAGCAACAAGAGGAUACAACACAAUUAACAAUGCCUGAAGUAAAGAGAGUUUUACUUGUUGGACUAAAUAUAAGUAUGAAAGGGCAUACAAUCAAUGCAGAAAGUCAAGAAAAAUUGAAGCUGCUUUUGCAAUUAACUUUUUAUUUAUUAGAUAAAUUACGUCGUUUCAAAUUGUCUAAAGAGGGCAAAAGUAAAGCUGAUAAAAACAGAUUGAGAGUAGAGGAAGCAUUCUUAAAAACAACUCAUGCUGCUAGAGCUGAAGCAGCUGCACAGAGAAAAGAAGAACGUCGUAGAGCUGAAAAAGAACGUAUUCUACAGGAAGAAGAUCCUGACAAGCAAAGAAAGUGGGAAGAGAAAGAACAACGGAGACUUGCUAAAAAACGGGCACCUAGAAUGAAGCAGCUUAAAGUUAAAGCAUUAUGACCAGACACAGUGAACUGUAAAGAAAUUGUUGAAACUUCUAAAGAGUCAUGAGAUACUCAACUGAACUGCCCAUUCAGUCAUUCAGUAAGACUAUU